AAUGGGAAGAGUACUUGCAGCCGAAAGGGGAUUUCGCUAGUCGCCAAAGGCAUACUUUUAAGUAAUUCCCGGUUACACAUACAUUUAUGUAGUUAUUAUUCUAAGGUUAUUUUGCCAGUUCAACGUGUAAAGACUAUUUUAGGAAUAGAAUCAUUUUGUUUAUGUAAUUGUUAUUACUGCUACCUACAUAGCGUAACUAACUAGCUGGUUAGCUAGCUAGCAAACAACACGCAACAAUUUGAUGAGGGCAAGCACAAUCGUUCUAGCUAACUAGCUAGGUAGCUAACCUAGCUAGGUUGUUUGGGAUUGAACGCUCUCCCCACACAUACAUAUAUAGCUAUAUGUAUAUUUGACCUGUUCGUAUGAAAGUUAAGUGGUAGCUAGCUAACUAACGUUAGUUGAAUUAUGUCAACGACGUCUUUGGAUAAAGAACUGCAAGAGCGGUUAAGAGAGGCAAGUGCCAUCGGAGACAUUGAUGAAGUACGGACUUUAGUCGAGAGCGGAGUUAACAUCAACUCUCAAAAUGAAAUCAAUGGCUGGACUUGCUUGCAUUGGGCAUGCAAGAGAAACCACAAACAUGUAGUGGCAUAUCUUCUGAAUUCUGGGGCUGACAAAGAAAUUCUUACUGCAAAAGAUGAGUUAGCUGUUCAGUUGACCUCCAAACCUGAGAUUAGAAGACUACUUGGUGUGGAGGAGGAGAAUAUGCCUGAGGUAAAGGAACCAGACCUGCCAAUCAUUCCGAACUAUUUAUCCAACCCACCCUUCUUGUAUGGCAAGAUGGAUGCGGAUGACCUAAGUCUAGUGCGACACAUCUCCCAGAAUGGCACUAGCAACCAUUUAGAAGCAGUGGACUCUGAGCCAGCAACCUUGUCCCCCACACAAGAACAGCAGCAGCCCCCCCAGCAACAGCCCCAAAGCCUGUCCUACAUGUCUGUGGUAGAGCAGAAUGGCAUUGUGCCAAGCCCAGUAGUUAAUGGGCCCCUGUCCAUGGAGAUGUCCCCAGAGGCCCACCAUGGCAACCACGGUGAAUAUUCCCACAAUCACGCCAUUGCCCCAAAUGGGCCUGUGUGCCCCCCCCUGUCCUCAUCAGGCUCAGGCACGAACCAGACGUCUGUUUCUAACCCCACGGUUACCCGGCAGCAGUCUUUCCCUCAGCAGCUGAACUGCUCACAGCCUGCCUUCCAGCCCUUUUUUUUCACCAGCACCUUUCCAGUCAACGUGCAGGAGCUGGUUCUGAAGGUCCGAAUCCAGAACCCACAUGCUAGAGAAAAUGAUUUCAUCGAAGUGGAGCUGGAUCGGCAGGAACUGACAUAUCGGGCACUGCUGCGUGUUUGCUGCCGUGAGCUGGACAUAAGUGCCGAACAUGUGGAAAAGAUACGCAAACUUCCCAACACCAUGCUAAGAAAGGACAAAGAUGUGGCACGGCUACAGGACUUCCAAGAGCUUGAGGUGGUGCUGGAGAAGGCAGAGAGUUUGUCUCUGUUUUCUGGAGGCCCAGGAGCACUGGCAGAUAGGCCCUGCUACAAUAUGAAGGCCUCUAGGCUGACCUAUUAGCUCUCUGCUCCACACCCAGCACAAGAUGGAUUGACUUGCUCCAAAUUUGGGACUCUGGCCCAAAAAUACCCCAUUUAUAGAUAGUUUUAGUUCUUGAAGUCAGAUGCCAUUCUUCCAUUUUUGUUUCUCAGUAUGUAUACCAUGUUAGGCAUAUGGUUCUUGCCCUAAAGCUGUGGAGUUUGCCGAUGUAUGGCCUUAGCAGCCAUUCAGUGAAAUGUUUGCAGUCCUCAUCCCACACCAAAGUCAUACUAGUUAGCUUGGUUGUGUCUCUGAUGCAGCUAAACAAUUAUUUCAUGGGUCAUGAGUUCAUCAUGCUGUAGUACCCAUGGGUACUAUUUGAAUAUUCAAAUUCUUCAUGUGUGCCACUGGGUUGUAGAAAGCGUUCAAAUGUUAUCACCCCAUGCUUUUGAGCUAUGCGAAUUUUUGAGGUCUGCCUCACUGCUGUAUGUGCUUAUCGAACCACUGUGUGGUUUUGAAAACGGCUCAGAGGAAAGGGAACGUGCCCUAUACCAGCACUUCCGAUUGGCAAUUCUGGUCAACCCCUUCAUCAGCAUGUUUAUCCACUGUUCUCCCACUAGAGGCUAAUUUACUUUGUGCAUUGGCUGUGCAUAUGGCAAAUGGGUUUGGAUGAUAAAAAUCAUUUUUAAAAGUGUGUAGUUGGCAUGUGUCAGUAACAUUGGGGAAGACCCUGUUUGAUUGAAAUCUACCAGAAUGGAGCAAUUUGAAAUAAAAGAUCAAAAGUAUGUCAGAAAAUUCCUUGUGCACUUUAGAAAAUGCCACUGCUAUCACAUUACUUGUAACACAUGGGCCUUUACCCGUUUGUUGAAUUCCUCAAUGCUGUUUAAUAAUCAAUGCCUUUGCUGCUUCUUUAGUCACUGCAAGCCAAGAAUUAGAAGAGCUGGACAAAACUCUUGGCUGAAACGCAUAUCCUCAUGAUGUUCUUUUGUAAUGUCCCUUGUUCAUUUUGAGCUGAAUAAUGUAGCAAGUUAUUUCAUUUUUAAAGGGGUGAAAGAUAAGUUCAAACAGGAUUAAUUAAUGUGAGCUUCCACAAACACUAACUCUCCCUAUAUUCUUGAAAGUUUAAUUUCAUAAUCAGAAUACGAGGGACAGAAUUACUAUGUUGAAUAUGGUUAUCUGGAUGUAUUUUGAAAAUGUUUUUAUAUUAAGGAAGCAGGAUUCAUACUGUUGUCUGGACUUCUUUCAGCAUUGGCAUUCAAGACACUUCUCAAAGGUCUGUAAUGCUCUCCUUGGUUUACACAUAACAUUUGCAAUAGUUCUUUAUUUUAUCUAAAUAAAAUUUCUAUAAGCCAGAAAAACUAAACAAAAUAUACAUAGUGCACAUACAGAUUAGGGGAAGUGUUUAAUUUAUAUGAGAAUUUCACAAAUGUGUUUUGCUUCUGUGUAUGGAGCAAUUGUGUAGAUUCUAAAUGUACAAAUUAGGCUUUGUGUUCAUAACUGCAUAUAGGGAGAUGGAUUAAAUAUUAAAUUGUUUACCAUACAUUUGAUUGUUAAGUUUUAUUAAACACUAAUCUGAAAGAGUCACAUUUUACCUGGGGCAAUGGGGUUGGUAACAAAUACUCUCCUAAUGUACUACUUGGUUCACAGUUAGAUUUAGUUUAUACCCCCAACAUACUGGUUUAUUGUGUUAUAUCUUUUUUAUAUUUUUAUUCUAUAAAUUUUUCUUAGCUGGACUCAUUCUGUGGGAAGGGAAACUACUGAAAGGAAAAUGCAGAGUAUACUAUAGUUAGAAUGAAACCAAGCACACACUCAAUACUUUCUUCUUGCUUUUUCCUCUUUCUAUCUUUGCUAUUCCCUUUUAUAAAGACAGGAAGACAUUGCAAGCUGUGGGUGCAUGGUAAAAGUCAUUGACCAUGCAUUUAUAUUCUGUGCUGUUUUGAAAUGUAUUGAUGUAACUGGCUGCUUUUGCGUUUGAUUUUUUCACGUUGCUUGGUUGAGGAAGCUGAACAGUGAAAACUGCUAUGUUGAAAUGGAUCAAAAGCUUCUGACUGUAAGAAUUAUUUGUUUAAAACUCUUAACAGUGUACUCUAGAGGAUGAAUACAGUUUGACUUAACCUAUGCA